AUGGGGACAACAGGAAAAGCACUCACUUUCUCACUCCUCUCUCUACCCAAACGUUUCUCUUUCCACAGACCCUUUUACGUCUCACUUCCAUUAAAUUUACCACGGCCACCCAACGGCGUCUUUUUCCCUAAAUUCCGGCCACUUUGCACCACUACCAUUUCCGCGCCGGAAACAGCAGCAGAUGAAGCAACACUAGAAAACACAAAGCACUCAAUACUGUUAGAAAGACUCAGGAACAGACACCUUAAAGAAAGCACGAAAAUUACCCUUCCGGCUACGCCCGUAGGGUCAUCGAGUAAUGGAAAAAAGAGUAAAUAUGGGGAAAGUGAGGGGCCAAGAAAGAAGAAGGGUGGUGGGGUGGAAAUGGUUUCUAGUUUUUGGGAGCUGGGGUUGACUGAAGAGGUGAUGGGGGCUUUGGGUGAAAUGGGCAUUUCAGAGCCCACGGAGAUUCAGUGCAUAGGGAUACCUGCUGUUCUUGAAGGGAAGAGUGUGGUGUUGGGGUCACAUACUGGUUCGGGCAAGACUCUUGCUUACUUGUUGCCCCUUGUUCAGCUGCUGAGAAGAGAUGAAACUUUACACGGUAUGCUAAUGAAACCCAGGCGCCCUCGAGCUGUUGUACUCUGCCCAACAAGGGAGCUUUGUGAGCAGGUGUUUCGAGUGUCCAAGUCUAUUAGUCACCAUGCUCGAUUCCGGUCAACCAUGGUAAGCGGUGGAGGGCGUUUAAGACCCCAAGAGGAUUCCUUGAACAGCCCAGUUGACAUGGUUGUGGGGACCCCUGGCAGGGUUCUCCAACAUAUUGAAGAGGGCAAUAUGGUUUAUGGUGACAUCAGAUACGUGGUGUUGGAUGAGGCAGAUACCAUGUUUGAUCGUGGCUUUGGUCCUGACAUCCGCAAAUUUCUUGCCCCAUUGAACAAUCGUGCAUCUAAAGCCGACAGUGAAGGAUUUCAAACUGUUAUGGUCACUGCAACAAUGACAAAGGCGGUGCAAAAGCUGGUUGAUGAGGAGUUUCAAGGAAUUAUACAUUUGCGUACUUCUACACUCCAUAAGAAGAUUGCUUCUGCUCGUCAUGAUUUCAUCAAACUUUCAGGUUCAGAAAAUAAGUUGGAAGCAUUGUUACAGGUUCUGGAGCCUAGUUUAGCAAAAGGGAACAGAGUGAUGGUUUUCUGUAACACAUUAAAUUCUAGUCGAGCUGUUGAUCACUUUUUGAAUGAAAAUCAACUCUCUACUGUCAAUUACCACGGAGAGGUCCCAGCAGAACAAAGGGUCGAAAACCUGCAAAAAUUCAAGAGCAAUGAUGGAGAUUGCCCCACUUUGGUCUGCACAGACUUGGCUGCUAGGGGAUUGGACUUGGAUGUGGAUCAUGUUAUCAUGUUUGAUUUCCCGUUAAACUCUAUUGACUACCUCCAUCGCACUGGAAGAACUGCUCGCAUGGGUGCAAAAGGGAAGGUGACUAGUUUGGUUGCUAAAAAGGAUUUGAUGUUGGCCAAUCACAUUGAAGAGGCCAUGAUGAAGAAUGAAAGCUUGGAAUCUCUUUCUGUAGAUAGUGUUAAACGGGACAAUGCCAGGUCGCGAAUAAAUGUGCAGAAGGAAAGAAACGAGAAGCUGGUAAGAGUUUCGAACUCAAAAAACAAGGCUAAAGUUUCUGUGAAAAAAUCAUCAGAUGCCCGUGGAAAGUCAUUAGUUACUAAAUCCUCUGUCCAAAAAUCUGGAAAAGCUUCUACAUACAAACCUAAGACGACGGGAAGUAAGGUCUAUAAGACAUCAAAGUCUUCUGGCAAUAGCAGCAGCUCGAGAGGUACGAGGUCUGGUGGGAAGAAACAAUCCGGGAACAAAAAUUCUGGUGUCCUUCGAUCUACACAAAAGCUAAAUGUUGUUGGAUUUAGGGGUCGGAGCUCAGUGAAGGCCGCCUGA